UUUCAUUUCCAUUCAUGACUCGUACCCGAGUAUUGUUAGAAGUCAACGACAGAGAGAUGGAGAAACCACCCCAGGCCGGGACAAGAAAACACGUGAGGAAAAGGAUAAAGAAGAAGAAUUUGUGAUUUCAAGCCCAAAGCUAUUGUCUAGGACGACAAGCCGGGUCGCCCCGACAUUGUCGAAAAGCUCCAGCGCAGGACGGCCUAAUCCUAUAGAUUUGUAUGCACAUAUGCAGAGAUCAGCCUCUGUUUCUAGCACCACCAGCCCCACGGCUUUUCUUUCGAAAACGUUGAGCCAAAGAAACAUAAAUAUGGCCGCGGCAUGGAGAAAGCCACCACCUUUGGAGAAGAAGCUUGAAUGCACCCUUGAGGAGCUUUGCUUUGGAUGUACCAAAGAGGUCAGAAUCACAAGGGAAAUCGACUCAAAUGCAGGGUACAUCCAUAUACACAAUCUCGAAGUCAACCUAAUAGGAGCAGUACAAAGUUUUAUAGAUAAUUUCUUUUUUAUAUCUAAAAGUUUGUGCCCGUAAUCGAGACUUAUCAGAAUAUAAUUGCUCGAGGUUUAUUUUCUCUAAUAUCAUAUUAAGAUAAUACGAGUAAUCGAGAAUUUUUUACAUUUUGAUACUGACUGGGGUGGGAUGAUGUCUUUUGACCCCUUUUGGUCACUUGUUUUGGAAGUUAUCUCUCAAAAUGAGAGGGCUCCUUAAUCUACCAAGUAGGAGCCCACCUUGUUAACUUAAGUCACCAUGAUUAACCUAUUCCAAACAUUCUGUUGGGCUCGAGUGGUACGACUCAUUCGAUGGGGUGUGACACCUUUUUGAAGAACCAAUACCUAUGGCUAAAUAGUAUAAGUGUGAUCCUGAACUGUUUCUAUGUGAGUAGAAUUGAAUUUUCGCUCUCUUUAAGACUAAAUUGUAUAGAAUGCUCAUAUAUAUUCCAUAUUCUAAAAGGAAAGUUUUAUAGGAGUAAUACGAGUUCAUAUAAUGUGACUAUGUAUAUGGAUUUAACAGUUUUGUGUGGCAGGCUAAUUUUUCAAGAAGAGGAAUAUGUGACAAUCAAGGUGAAGCCGGGGUGGAGAAGAGGAACGAAGAUUACAUUCGAAAGCAAGGGCGACGAGAGAGGAGGAACCCUCCCAGAAGACAUUAUCUUUCUGAUCGAGGAGAAGAAGCACCCGUUGUUCAAGAGAGAAGGAGAUGAUUUGGAGUUAGGGGUUGAAGUCCCUUUAGUCCAAGCUCUCACAGGAUGUAUUGUACAGGUACCCACAUUAGGAGGAAAGGAUGUGGUGACUUUAAACAUGGAAGAUGAGAUCAUCUAUCCCGGGUUUGAGAAAACUAUCCCUGGACAAGGCAUGCCUAAAUACAAGGAUGGUCAAAAAGGUGAUCAUCAGAGAGGAGACCUUCGGGUCAGAUUUCGAGUUGUUUUUCCAGAAAUGUUGAGUGAAGAGCAAAGGUCACAAAUUUUCAGUAUACUGAAAGAUGUGUAAGUUUCAAAGUUUUGUUACCUUGGUAUAAAUCUACCUGGGAUCAAAAUUCAUAUGCACAUUAAGCAUGUUUUUCUAGUUUUGCUUGGAACUUGACAUAACAUCUCAGUCCCUGGUUUGGAAAACAAAACUAGACAGAUAAACAAAGAUAAAAAAACUGAACAAGUUACAAAUAUGUAAGAUUCAGAAGAGGACUAGUAUAAAAACUAAAGUAAAACUGUUACGGAAUCACAAUUCUGCAACCUAUUGAAUAAAAACGCACACGACUUAUUAUUAUUUUUUGUAGAUAAAUGAAUAUAAUGAGGGGUAUCAAUUAUGCGUAUGGAGACUAUUAAAAACUCAAGGUAAACAAAUAUAAAGAAGAAGAUGAAAUGGAGUGGAAUAUGAAAUCUGUAUAUUGAGUAAUGAGUAAU